AAAAGGUCGUGCCACUAAGUCUACGUACGUACUUUGUGCAGGACGAGCUGUCCAAUGUUCCACUUCCACUGGCAAACAACGGCAUGCUAGAAUGAGGAGGCCUAGCGACGGGGCAGAAGAUGCCUUGUACGACGUCAGGACGGGUGUCACUCCAUGAUCACAUCACAAGCCAAGCAAGCUGCAAGUUUGCCACCCCUCGGUUGCAGCAUUGUUCCCAACCUUAUUUCAAGCUCGGGCGGCGAAAGCAACGUGUGGGCGAUCUGGCGGACAGGGUAACUGGGAUUCAUCGGUUAAGCCUCAUCAAUUUGGCAAGAGUUUUUGAAAAGGGCGUGCGGGUUUCUCAACGUUUGAGAAGCAUGAGCCAAAACGAGGUGCCGCUGUUGGAAGAGGCCUCUCCGAGCUGCACAGUGCUGGCAGCUUCUUCUGGAAACGGAGCUGGCGUUGCCAUGCAGGGUCUGGUGGGAAGGGCUUCCGAGUUUGAGGGAGAAGAGGCAGUGGAGGCGGAUCGAAGCACCUCGGGCCAGAGCCCCCAACCCGGGCAGGGACAGGCGCCACUGUUCCGCUUCGGGGUCAUCACAGACGUGCAGCACGCCGACAUUCCCGACGGCGCCUCCUACGGCGGCACCCCGCGCUACUACCGCCACAGCUUACAAGUGCUGCGGCGAGCGGUCGACUCGUGGCUGCAGUCGGAGCCCCCGCCGGCAUUUGCGGUGCACUUUGGCGACAUUGUGGAUGGCUACUGCCCGCGCGAGCAGUCGGAGGUGGCCGUGCAGGCGGUGCUGGCCCAGUUCGAGCGCCUGCCCUGCCGCACCUUCCACAUGCUAGGAAACCAUUGUCUUUACAACCUGCCGCGCGCGCGCCUGAACCAGCUGCUCGACAUACCUGGGGAUGCAGACGGCUGCUCCUACUACUCCUUCCAGCCCCACCCCCGGUUCCGGUUCAUAGUCCUCGACGGCUAUGACGUCAGCAUGCUGGGGUGGCCCCCCGAGCACCCCAAGACGGCACUCGCCACGGCGAUCUUGGCCACGCACAACCCGAACGAAAACAAAAACAGCCCCGAAACGCUGGAAGGGCCCUCCAGGCGGUUCGUCAUGUUUGGCGGCGGCAUCAGCGACGCGCAGCUGGCGUGGCUUGAGGCGGAGCUGGACGGCGCGCAGGCGGCGGGCCAGCGGUGCAUCGUGUGCUGCCACCUGCCGCUGGAGCCGGCCAGCACCGCGCCCGCGUGCCUGCUCUGGAACUACGACCGCGUGCUGGCCGUGCUGCGCGCGCACAGCUGCGUCGUGGCCACGCUGGCGGGGCAUGCGCACCGAGGGGGAUAUGCGCGCGACGGGGCUGGCAUCCACCACCGGGUGCUGGAGGCCGCCCUGGAGUGCCCCCACGGCAGUGACGCAUACGGCUGCGUGGAUGUGUAUGCGGACCGGCUCGUCCUGCACGGGACAGGCCUCAUGGCCGACGCGGAGAUGGCCUUUUCAACAGCGCUGUCCCAACCUUUGAGCUCCUCCUUAUGACGGCCGGCCCAGUCUUGGUAGCGGCCUGACUCGAAUAAGCUCUCAGGAACUUGCGUUGCUCGCGUUGCCUGCCUCCGCGACAAGACUCGGGGGUCAAAUUUCUAUUCACGUGUUCACAUUACCAAAAGAUUCACAUUUCCAAGAUUUGGUGAGUUGGCGGCGAUUGAAGGUACAUUGGCAGAAAUUUUCUGCAUCAUGUGGACUCAACCGUCUGUCGCGACCUGAGCACUGUCCGACUUUUACAUGUACUCUC